AUGUGCUGGUGCGGAGAAGAUUCCGUGCUCAUGUACUGGCCAAGUGCAGGCUUGGUCAUGGUUGGACCGUAUGGCUCGUGGCUUCGCUUUCCGUACUCGGAGAGCAUUGUCUUGGCUCAAGAAGUCGACUGCUGUCGAGUCUACAGUGCAUCGUCGCACGAUAUUGUACUUCGCGUCCCGACGUGUGUCGAGAAUAUCAAGGGUGUUGGCUCGACGGCUCCAGCUGCGAUGCUGUUUCAAGCUCUGGAUGCUUUUGAUUCGGGCGAUGCCAAGGCUGAUGAACAUAUUCGCUUCAUCUUGAGUCAAAACGCUUUGGAAGAUGCUAUUAAGGACUGUGUGGACGCAGCCGGCAGUGAGUUUGACUACGCGUCACAGACGACGCUGUUACGCGCUGCUUCAUACGGCAAGUGCUUCGUAGACUCGGCCACGGACGCUCUGUCGGCACUUUCGGGAGGUACUGGAACCGGAGGCGGCAACUCGAUGAUGGAUGCUGAGAUGUUUGUCGACAUGAGUCGAAAGAUUCGGGUGCUGAACGCGCUGCGCCAGCAGGACAUCGGCUUUCCCUUGACAAUCACGCAGUUCGAUCGCCUGACUGCAGAAGUUGUAGUGAGUCGGCUUGUGGCAAUGCGUCAUCAUUUCCUGGCCCUCAAGAUCUGCGAGUACUUGAACAUUACCACAGACCGAGUGCUAGUGCAUUGGGCUUGCGAAAAGGUGAAGGCAGCAACGUCGUCCAACGUGUCGGAUGAAGAGCUGGUGGCGCUCGUGCGUAAAAAACUGAAGAAGGCAACGCUCGUUUCGUACGCAGAUAUUGCCAAUUGUGCCGAGCGUGUAAACCGGCGACGGCUCGCUACGAUGUUUUUGGACCUGGAAGAGAACGCAUCCGACCAGGUGCCGCUUUUGCUGUCCAUGGGUGAGUUCGAGCUAGCGCUCCGCAAGUCGCUCGAGUCCAAUAACACGGACCUUAUCUAUAUGACGCUUUUCCACCUCGAGCGCACACUGCCAUCCAUGGACGAGUUCCGCUACGUACUAAACCGCGAGCCGAUGUACACCGAGGCUGUGAACCUUAUGCUGUUGUACUACCGUGCUACGAAAAGCUCGAGCAGCGCUGCACUAUGGACAGAUGUGGCUAGCGCCGAGAGCGAUCUUUUGCUGUCGUUCCAGACCACGGAUGUGGACGAGAAGGUCACAGCGUUGAAAGAAGCGACCAGCAAGUAUAACAGCGCAAAGCUACCGGCUCACGCCAAGCUCACCGAGGAGCAAAUAGAGCUGCUCCAGGAGCAAGCCAAGCUGGAAGAGAAGCCUGAAAAUGUGAAGCGUCGUAAGCUUGUGGGCGUGUCUAUCUCAAAUACGAUGAAGAUGCUGCUACGUGACAGCAAGUACGAGCCAAAGCUGUUGCCACUUGUUACGGCAUUUGCUAAGAAGUUCAAGGUGCCGGACAAACGGUUGUACCGCGUCAAGAUCAAAGCUCUCGCGGAGACGCGGCAGUGGGAUGCCCUGCACAAGUUUUCUAUGGAAAAGAAAACCCCGCCAUGCGGCUUCAAGGCGUUUGCGAUAGCGUGUCUUGAAGAAGGAGAGAAGCAGCAGGCCGAGAACUACACUGCUCGCAUCACGUCUGUGGAUGAGAAGUUCGAGACGUUUAUCCGCCUCGAUAUGUACAGCGAUGCGCUACAACUCGCCAUUAAGCUAAAGGAUCCGGAGAAGCUCACGAAUGUGCGCAACCUUUGUAACGAUGACGACAUUUGCAACCAGGCUGAUAAAGCGGCCGUGGAGCUGGGCUUUGUGUCGUAA